AUGGCUGACGAUAAAGCAAUAGUUCUACCUAGGCCUGAUGAAUACCAGCGGUGGUCUAAACAUCAACUCAUUAAGAGAGUGUUGGAGCUUGAAGGAAGACUACCAAAGGAACAGCUGGAUCCAACAAACAAUAAAGAAGCAUUUGGGCAUUCUGAUGUAACAAAGCCUCAAAAACUGUUUGAUUUCUCAAAAUACAAUACCAGAUUUAUUGCUUUGAAAUUCUCCUACUUGGGUUGGAACUACAAUGGAUUGGCAAUUCAAACCAUGAAGACACCAUUGCCCACAGUUGAAUCAGUAAUAAUCGAAUCUCUUUACAAGACAAGAUUGAUUCCCUCCUUGGAUCCAAAGGACUUUAAUUUUAGUCGUUGUGGAAGAACAGACAAAGGUGUGAGUGCUUUGAACCAAGUUAUCUCCUUGAAUGUUCGUUCUUCUUUAACUGUGGAAGAGCAAAUGAAUGCUGCAAAUGACAAACGAGAAAUAGACUAUCUUCAUAUUUUGAAUCAUUCUUUGCCCAAUGAUAUCUUGGUCAAAUCGGUUAGUUUGAGACCACCUAAGAAUUUCGAUGCUAGAUUCAGUUGUAAACAUCGCCACUAUAGAUAUAUCUUUUAUAAAUCUGAUCUAGAUAUUGAUCUUAUGAACAUAGCUGCAAAAAAAUAUGAAGGGGAACACGAUUUCAGAAAUUUUUGCAAAGUGGAUGGUUCAAAACAGAUAACAUCAUUUUCUAGAAGGAUCAUAUCUUCCAAUAUAGUAUCUCUAGAUGAUGAGUUUUACUAUUUUGAUUUAAAAGGAACAGCAUUUUUAUGGCAUCAAGUUCGUUGUAUGAUUGCUAUUUUGCUAUUAAUUGGACAAAAAUUAGAACAUCCUAGAAUAAUAGAUGAUUUAAUGGACAUAGAAAAGUAUCCAUCUAAACCUGUCUAUGAAAUGGCUUAUGAUAUUCCAUUGGUUCUAUAUGAUUGCGUUUUUGAAGAUAUAGAGUGGGAGGAUCAAAAGGACCCAUUCAAGAUAUGUAAAUUUGCUGAUAUAGUUCAAAACUUGUGGUUAAAUCAUGCGUUAAAAUAUCAAAUUGUUAACUUUGUUAAAAAAAAUAUUACGGAUGAUAUCAGUCCUAGUACGUUAUUAAGAAGGGACACGACGAAAAUAAAUGUUGGCGAUGGACGUGGGAAAUUUAUUAAAAAGUAUAGACAAUUAUCGUCUAGAGAGUUUAUGGAUCCUGUUGAUGUCAUAAAUGAAAGAUAUAGGAAAAGAAAACGAUUAGAAUAA